GUAAAGCAGCGUUUUUGUUCGUUAAGCAACUAAAACAUAAAAUCACUGAGAAAAAAAUUAUUCAUUUCAUUUUUUUUAUUUUUCUUCAACGAAAAAAAAGUUAGUGACAGCAAGCAAUUCAGUGAGCUUAGCCGAUCAAGAAGAGCUUGCUGCUUUUGGUCUUAAGGAAGGAAAUUAAAGGGCUGCAGAAUUGUAGAUUUGAUAUUCAUGGGUUCAUUAUCAGAACCAGCAUUUGAAGUUCAUGAGCAUAAACCAUUUGGAAUUCAAUUCUUAGAGUGCAUAAGAAAGAAAAGAAUUUCAUACAAAACAUACCAAAUCAUUGUUUUGAUUGUUACAUUUUUCGCUUAUGCUAGCUACCAUGCUGCUCGGAAAACGACAAGUAUUGUUAAGAGUACUCUUGACCCCCAAUCAUCCGAGUUGGGUUUGAAGUUAUAUCCGUGGAGGAUAACCUACUUAAGUCAACCAGAAGAAAGAAGAAGAUUUUCAUCGAGACUUGGAGAGGGGUGGGCGCCUUUUAAUGGAUUGGAUGGCACGUCCUUGCUUGGUGAACUUGAUUUGGCUUUUCUGUCGGUAUAUGCGAUAGGAAUGUAUUUCUCCGGUCACAUAGGCGACAGGAUGAAUUUACGGAUCUUUUUGACGAUAGGAAUGGUCGGAACUGGUAUAUUCACAUCUCUAUUUGGGUUUGGAUAUUGGGCAAAUAUACAUAACUUUUACUACUUUUUGAUAAUGCAAAUGCUUGCCGGUUUGUUUCAAUCCACUGGAUGGCCUUCAGUGGUGGCUGUUGUUGGAAAUUGGUUUGGGAAAAGAAAGAGAGGACUAAUUAUGGGUAUAUGGAAUGCUCAUACAUCUAUAGGGAACAUUUCGGGAUCAUUAAUUGCUGCUGCUAUGUUAAGACAUGGGUGGGGUUGGUCAUUUGUUGUGCCUGGAUUUCUUAUUGGUUUUGUUGGUGUAGUGAUUUUUCUGAUUCUGCCUGUUAAUCCUGAGUCUGUUGGAGUUGACAGAAAUGAGGACGAUGAAGUGAAUUCUCCCAGGAAAUCUGGUGAAGAAGUCACACAGCCUCUUUUGAGACCGAAUUUUGAGUCCAAGGAUACCGCAGUUGGCUUCAUUCAAGCUUGGAAAAUUCCCGGAGUUGCUCCAUUUGCUCUUUGCCUUUUCUUCUCUAAAUUGGUGGCUUACACAUUUCUCUACUGGCUGCCUUUCUACCUCAGCCAUACAGCUAUUGAUGGGAAGUAUUUGUCUAACGAUUCAGCUGGGAACAUGUCAACAUUGUUUGAUGUUGGAGGUGUAAUUGGGGGAAUCUUAGCAGGGCACAUCUCUGAUCGAUUAGGUGCCAGAGCCAUUACAGCAGCAAGCUUCAUGUACUGUGCGAUCCCUGCACUUUUCUUUUACCGCAGCUACGGACAUGUUUCGUUGAACAUAAACAUUGCUCUUAUGUUCAUCACUGGCAUGUUCGUGAACGGACCUUACGCUCUUAUAACGACAGCAGUCUCUGCUGAUUUGGGAACUCACAGUUCGCUAAAAGGAAACUCGAGGGCGUUGGCGACAGUUACAGCAAUUAUAGACGGAACAGGCUCAGUUGGGGCUGCAAUUGGACCGCUAAUGACCGGUUACAUUUCUGCUAAAAGCUGGAGUGCAGUUUUCACAAUGUUGAUGGGGGCAGCUCUUGUUGCUGGUCUACUUCUAACUAGACUUGUAGUGGCUGAAGUUACUGAAAAAAUUGCUGAAUCAAAUUCUCAAGCAUCAUCAAGAACAUCAACUCCUUCAGUUGAUGUGUAAAAAUCAAUAAAUGGUACUUGUUUUGUAUUCCAUUUGUAUUAGUAACAGAGUGGAGAGGCCUUUAUAGUGGCUGAAGAUAGGAGAAAAGAGUCGAGGAUCGGUGAGUUGAUCCUUUUAAUGAUUGUUUGUACAUUCUUUGUAUGUUGUAUAUCAAUUUAACCAUUACAGCAAUAAGAUGAACCCUUGUUCAGGGUCAUGUUUAACUA